AUGAUGAAUACAUGCUUAUCACAGUCAACACAUCCUACUGGUCAAAUAUUAGUAACGACAAAUGUGCGACAAGCUUUAACAGACAAAUUGCAAUCGACUGACACUUUAUCAGACUCAAAAUCAUCUACCAAAGAAAAAAAUCAAUUGAUUGAUGACCAUCGUCCGACGAGAUCAUCAUCCGACUCUGGUAUAUCAAUAAUCACAAUGAAAUCAAGACUUAAAAAUAAACAACGAGGUGUACUUUCAUCAUCUAGUGAUGAUAGCAACAAUGAUAGUGUUAUGCGGAAACUUAAAAUGAAAGACAAAAAUGAUGCAACAUCUAGUCAAAACCAAAAGAAAACAAAAAGAAAUAAUAGAACUAAAAAUAAAGAGAAAGACUCUCUAACUAAACGAAAAACUGGUCGAAAAAAUAUUCGGAAAAUAAUUCACGAUAAAGAUUUAAAUGUAAAAACAAAAUAUGCUAUUGAAGUUGAGCGUCAACGUCGAAAACGUUUAGCUAAAAUACAAAAAUUAUACAAUACUACUCUACUUAGACAAUCAUCUUUUAUACCAAAUAGUAAAAGUUAUAAAUCAGAAAAGUCAAAUCUCCGUUUAAUACUCGAAUUCGAUAAAAAAACAAAUAAAUCUUAUAUUGAAGUUUCAACAAAAUUAGUUGCACAUCUAAAAAAACAUCAAUAUGAUGGAAUAAAAUUUCUAUGGAAUAACGUCUAUGAAUCGAUUGAUGCAAUAAAAACUAAAAAACAAAAUACUAAUGGUUGUAUUUUAGCUCAUUGUAUGGGUUUAGGAAAAACAUUACAAGUUAUUAGUUUUAUUCAUACUGCUUUUAAUUACAGUCACAUAACUAAAGUAAAAACAUGUCUCGUUCUUUCUCCAGUAAAUGCUGCUCUGAAUUGGUCAAAUGAAUUUAACUUUUGGUUGAAAGAUAUUGAACCAUCGAUUAAUCAUUAUCAAUUAACAACAGUUGAACCUGGUUUACGUGUUGAGUAUUUAAAUAAGUGGCAUGAAAAUGGUGGAGUUCUUAUUAUGGGUUAUCAGAUGUAUGUGCGAUUAGUAAAAGGUGUUGGAAUUAAAAAUAAAAAAAUUCAAAUUGAUGCAUAUCAUUGUCUUGUUGAUCCAGGACCGGAUAUUGUUGUUGCUGAUGAAGGUCAUAUUUUAAAAAAUUCUCAAACAUCUAUUGCAAAUUGUUUAUCAAAAAUUAAAACAUCUCGUCGGAUUGUUUUAACUGGAACACCAUUACAAAAUAAUCUUCUUGAAUAUUAUUGUAUGAUAUCAUUUAUUAAACCAAAUUUACUUGGUGAUCGAGCUGAAUAUACAAAUCGUUUCGUUAAUCCAAUUAAAAAUGGUCAACAUAGUGAUUCAAAUGAACAAGAUGUUUAUUUAAUGAAAAAACGUGCUUAUGUUUUGAAUAAACUUUUAAUUGGUAUCGUUGAUCGAAAAGAUCAUUCAUUAUUGAAAGAAUAUUUACCACCGAAAUUUGAAUAUAUCAUUAAUAUACGAUUAAGUGAUUUACAAUCAAGAUUAUAUUAUCUAUAUUUACAAGUAAAAGUUGCUCGAAAACAAUGUUCACCUAUAUUAAAGAAAGAUUUUAAAUCAGCAAAAUUAUUUGCUGAUUAUCAAUAUUUGCAAAAAAUAUGGACACAUCCAUUUUUACUCUAUCCAUAUUUUAUUGAUCGCUGGAAAAAAGGACUAGAGGAAAAUGAUGACGAUGAUGGUUUAAGUAAUGACAAUGAAUUAGAAGAUAUGUUUAUUGAUGAUAAUGAACUAGAAACUGUAUUUAUUGAUGAUGAAGAAAAUAAGUCACCAUUGGAAAAUAAUUUGAAUGAUUUUUCAAUGAACAAUAUUCGAAAUGAAGUGGAUGAAUAUAAAUCCCUGGCAUCAGAAAUAAGAAAACGUAAAACUUCCACUUCGUCGAUAGCAACACUUGAUUUUGAUUCAACAUCAACUGAUAGUGAUGAAUAUAUUGAUAUCGGUAAAGAUUAUUCAAUGCAAAACAAAUCAUCAUCAACAACUAUUGAUUCAAGCAAAACUGAUAUAGAAAAUAAUAAAAAUUCCCUAGAAGGAAUAACUUAUAAUGAUAAUGAAAAAGAAAAUUCUAUUAAACCAUGGUUAGAUGAAAUGCGUAAGCAAUUUUGGUUUCGUUACUUAGAUAGUUUGUCCAAUCAAAGUGAAUUUGAUGUAGAAUUAAGUGGAAAAAUUAUAUUAUUAAAAUCAAUUAUUGAUAAAUGCGCUGACAUCGGUGAUAAAAUUCUUGUAUUUUCACGUAGUUUAUAUUCAUUGGAUUAUAUUGAAAAGUUUCUAAAGCAUUUACACAUUCAAAAUGAAAAACAAUAUCAAACUCUUUUAUCAGAAAAAAAUAAUCGCAGUAUACCUACACCAGUGCAAUGGAUUUCUGAAAAAGACUAUUUCAGAAUCGAUGGUAAAACAAAAAUUAUAUUAAGAAAAAGUUAUAUAGAAACAUUUAAUGAUCCAUCGAAUUCACGUGUUCGAUUAUUUCUUAUAUCAACAACAGCUGGUGGUAUUGGAAUUAAUUUAACUGCUAGUAAUCGAAUUAUUGUUUUCGAUGCAAGUUGGAAUCCAAGUAACGAUGCUCAAGCAUUAUUUCGUUCAUAUCGUUUGGGUCAAAAAAAAUCAGUUUAUGUCUAUCGAUUUGUAUCUCACGGUACAAUGGAAGAAAAGAUUUAUCAACGACAAGUUGUUAAACAAUCAGUUUCAAAACGGUAUGUAAUUGAUGAUCAUCAAAUAGAUCGGCAUUUUACUCGAAAUGACAUAAAAGAAUUAUAUGAUUUUCAAUUAGAACAAUUAUCAAAAGUUCAAUCGAUAUUAACAUAUCCAAAAGAGUCAAAUACUGAUCUAAAUCUUUCAGAGUCGGAGGAUCAUCUUUUAUUUGAUCUUUUAAAUGAACAUAGACGUUGGAUAUAUUCAUAUCACUCUCAUGAUUCUUUAUUAGAAAAUAAGAUUGACGAAAAUCUCAGUCCUGAAGAACGACGUCAAGCUCUUGAAGAAUAUGAAACUUUACAACGUUUACCUAUUCAACGUCAAUCAUCUUCUCAACGUCUUCCGCCACAACAAUUAAAUUCUCUUGUUGCAAAUAAUAUAGUAAUUCACAACAUUCCAGCUCGUGCUAAAUGGAAACAAAAUGGAGUGACCAUCGUCGGAGAUGCUAGAGAAUGCAACGACAUCGAUCAAAUCUAUUGGCCUGUAGACUUGUUUGUUCAUGAUGAUGAAACGAUAAUCUUUACUGACUGGGCUAAUGAUCGUGUUGUUCGUUGCAACAUCACUAGUAAGAAUAUAGAAGUUGUAGCCGGUGGCAAUCGUACAGGGAGUCGAUUGGAUCAAUUGAAUCGCCCUAUCGAUGUUUUAAUGGACAAAACUACAAAUAGUCUCAUUAUUUGUGAUCGAGGGAAUCGACGAGUGAUACGACAAUCUUAUCAUCAUGGUAUCACUAAAACAGAAAUUCUUGUCAACAAUGUCGAUUGUCGAGGAUUGGCUAUGGAUGAUCAGGGAUUACUUUACAUUGCUGACUACAGGAAACAUGUAGUAAAACGAUAUCGAAUAGGAGAUCAAAACGAAACAAUCGUUGCAGGUGGCAACGGCAAAGGCAAUGGUCUACAUCAACUAAACAAACCAAGAUAUCUUUUUAUUGAUAAACAUCAAUCUAUUUACGUGUCAGAUAAUGGUAAUCAUCGCGUGAUGAAAUGGAGUAAAUAUGCGGAAAAAGGAAUUAUUGUUGCUGGCGGUCGUGGCAAAGGAAGUCUUUUGACACAAUUAUCGUUUCCUUAUGGACUAUUCGUUGAUGCAUUGGGCACCGUUUAUGUAGCAGACUCGAGGAAUGAUCGAGUAAUGCGUUGGUCUAAAGACGCAAAAUAUGGUACUACCGUUGUGGGUGGAAAUGGGAGAGUAAACGAUCAAUGUUACUUGAUUAAAUUAGCAAAAGUAAAAAUAUUUAAUGAUGAAAUAUUUGUAACAACCACAACACAUACAAUGUGA